GACGAGUUCAGUAGCUACCUGCAUGUUGUCGGCAAGCGCGGCGAGCCUGGCAAAGCAGGGCAGUUUGUCAUCGAGGAGAUGCCUGGGUACUUCCUCAUCUCAUCGAAGCAGUGGCCCGAGUGGUUCCUCUUUGUCGAUGAGAUGGGGAGGUUACGAGCUGAACCCGGCGAUCCGGGCAGCAAGGGCCAUUUUCUUCUGAACCGGAAAAUUCCGCAG